UUUCUUCCCUCUGAUACUUGUUUUUGUGUUUCUGUUUGUUAAUUUCUUGAUUAGAACUAUUUCUUUAUCUUUGUCAAAAUGAGACGGAGUCAGCAGUCAUUUGGUAGCCAGUCAGUGGCAGGUGGAAGGAACUUUACCUCUUCCUCACUUGCAGGUGGAGGUGGUAGUCGUGGAGGUGGUGGUGGUGGUGGUGGUGGUGGAGCAAGAUAUAGCUUCAGUUCAUAUUCUAUGUCCAGAGGUGGUGGUGGUGGAGGUGGUGGAGGUGGUGGAGGUGGCGGUGGUGGAGGGUUUGCACGUUCAUCUGGUGGAUUUGGGUCUAGAAGUCUCACUUUCCUUGGUGGUUCAAAAAAGAUUUCAAUUCCUACUGGCAGUGUUCGUACAGGUGGAGGUAGUUUUGGAGGUGGUGGAUUUGGUGGAGGAGCAGGAGGUGGAGGACUUGGUGGUGGAGGAUAUGGUGGAGGAGGAGCAGGAGGUGGUGGAUUUGGUGGAGGAGCUGGAUUUGGUGGAGGACCGGGAGGAGGAGGAUUUGGUGUAGGAUUUUCUGAUGGCUUUGGACCUGGUGGUCCUGGUUUUCCUGUGUGCCCACCUGGUGGAAUUCAGACAGUAACCAUUAAUCAAAGCCUUCUAUCACCACUAAACUUGGAAAUUGAUCCAUCUAUUCAAAAAAAUAAAACAGAAGAAAAAGAGCAGAUCAAGACCCUCAACAACAAAUUUGCUACUUUCAUUGAUAAGGUAAGAUUUUUGGAGCAGCAAAAUCAAGUUUUGAAAACAAAAUGGAGCCUCUUGCAGGAGCAUGGACAAAAGGGCGGUUCAAAGAGAUACAACUUGGAACCGCUUUUUGAGACUUACAUAAGCAAUCUGAGGAGGUCGCUCGAUAGUCUAAGCAAUGAUAGAGGCCGUUUGGACACAGAACUAAGGAACAUGCAAGAUGUAGUAGAAGAUUAUAAAAACAAAUAUGAGGACGAAAUAAAUAAACGCACAUCUGCAGAAAACGAAUUUGUGGUACUCAAAAAGGAUGUGGAUGCUGCCUACAUGAACAAAGUAGAGCUUGAGGCGAAAGUUGAUGCACUGACUGACGAUAUCAACUUUUACAAGACACUAUUUCAAAUGGAAUUAGAUAACAUGCAGAGUCAGAUGUCCGAUACUUCUGUUAUUUUAUCUAUGGACAACAACAGGGCAUUGAACUUUGAUAGCAUCAUCAAUGAAGUGAGGGUUCAAUAUGAGGACAUUGCAAACAGAAGCAAGCUCGAGGCAGAACAGGAAUUUUCAAUGAAGAUGCAACAUUUACAAAGCGCAGCAGGUCAACAUGGUGACACCCUAAAAAGUAGCAAGAAUGAGAUAGCUGAGCUGAACCGAAUGAUCCAAAGGCUAAAGGCUGAAAUAGAGAAUGUCAAGAAACAGUGUGCCAGUCUACAGGAUGCUAUUAAAGAAGCUGAAGAUCGAGGUGACCGUGCUCUAAAAGAUGCCCAGAAAAAGCUAGAUGAACUUAAUGCUGCCUUUCAAAAGGCCAAGGAAGAUAUGGCGCGACAACUUCGUGAAUACCAAGAGUUAAUGAGCGUAAAACUUGCCUUGGAUAUCGAAAUUGCCACCUACAGGAAACUACUGGAAGGAGAAGAGUUCAGGAUGUCAGGAGAUAUCGCAAGCAAUGUUAGCAUCUCCGUUGUCAGUGGAACAACUUCAUUCGGCUCUGUUGGAGGUGGAGGAGGAUAUGGAACUGGCGGCGGAGGAGAAUAUGGAGCUGGAGGAGGAUAUGUGGCUGGAGGCGGAGGAGUAUAUGGGGCUGGUGGUGGAGGAGGAUAUGGAGCUGGAGGUGGAAGAGGAUAUGGUGGUGGUGGAUUUGGAGCUGGAGGAGGAAGUAUUGGAGGUGGAGGGGGUGGAUAUGGAGGAGGUGGAUACGGAGGAGGAGGUGAAGAUGCAUAUGGGGCAGGAGGUAGCUUUGGAUCAGGUGGAGGAGGUGGGUUUAGUGGUGGAUAUUCUGUUGGUGGUGAAGGUGGCAGUUACAGUUCUGGAGGCAGGCAAGGGAUGGCCAUUGUCUCAAAAACAACUUCCUCCUCUUCAACCAGAAAGGCCUACUAAAACCAACAGUUUCAUUAUAUUAAUGCCUACUUAAACACCUAAAAACUUCAGUAAAUACAGCUGAUGGCAAAACUAUUAGCUUUGCUAAGAAAAUUUAAUUGUGGCAAUCUAUUUUUCAGUGUUUCUUAGUCUAAUCUACAGUGCCUCCAGGUUUCUAACACGUUAACAUACUGACACCAUCCAAUCUAGCUAAAUAGAAAUUUUAGAAAUGACUUACACAGCUAUACGAACCUGAAUUGUCAGCAUCCACUUCCCAACAUUCUGAAAUAGAUUUUUACACAUAUCCAACCAAUUAGAGGCCAGCAGAGAGAAUAUCUUACUUUGCUAAUGACAGUUUUGUCUCUCUGCUUUACUUCCUUUCCAACCUCCAUCCAUCUCCUUCUUUUAUCGACCAGUCCUUCCAGAAUCAAUUAAUGAUGAUAAGAGUUGUUUUUUUAUUUGAUGCAUUUUUUUUUGAGAAAAUAUAUUAAAUAUAUUAAAGGAAAUGUAUUAUUUUAAAUAUAACCUGCAACACUUUCAUAAGAAAUUAUAAACUGGAUACAAUUUAAUUUGCACAAUGAUAUUUUAAAAUAUUCAUUUGCACAUAGUAUUUACACAUUCUUCCAGGGUCAAGUUAUCGAAAGUAUUACAAGCAUUUUGCAUCGUCACUGAAUUGUUUUUUUUUUUUAUUUUUUUUUUUUUGUAAAGGAAUUUACAGGCAUUCUCUGUGUGCUUUAAAUGUUUGUAAUAUUUUCAUACAGACACGGAACAGGUGUUAGAAAAAAAUCUUCAGAUCUUCUCAUAUGUUAUCAUAUCAGGCUGAUGUAACAGGCUUAAUAGUUAUUUUCAAAUGGUUUACAGUCCCAAUCAGCUAUUGUGACGUUUUAGUAGAACAGGCUUGUUUAGACUCUUGACCUGUAAGUUCAUCAUAUUGAUUGUCUUAAAAUGGCUUUUAGAUUUGUAACACUGGUAAACAAUUCCAGGACUGGCAAAUUCAUGCAGAUCUAAAUUGUACAACGUUGUAACAUUGUAGAAACCAGGAGCAGAAACUGUGGAGGAAAAUACAAACAUUAUGUAAAGACUUUGACCCUGAGGAAUACACUUCUUAAAAAAUACCUGCAUUAAAUACCACUUAUCCAUUUUGGGUUUAUUGAUUAACUAUCGAGUUGCAAAACUUCUCAAAAUUUCUAACUUGCUUGGGUUAGAAAUAUUUGAUAACGUGGCUAUCCAAGUGAUACAUUUUACAUCUCGGCUAUUAAUUCAGUGUUUAAUCAUGAAACCCAUUUGUAUUGCUUUGUGGCUAUGUUUUUUCCAUGUUCUAUUUUCAUUAUGUACAUCUUUUUGUAUCUUUCGUUGUAUGUUAUGUGUUCGCAUGUUCCAGAUCUUUGCAUCCGAACUACUGUAUUAGUGCAAAUAUUGGUAUACUGUUCAAACUUUGAAAUACUGCUUGGCCCUCUUAAAUACUUUCAAACUUUCUGAAGUAUACCGUACAUCUAUGAGUUACUCUUAUAUGAAACAAACAUCGAAUAAAUAUGUAAAUAUUUGUAAGGUAUUAUAUUGAACCAUUUACAAACAAAUUUGUGAAAGUAAAAAAAAAUGCUCUUUCAUGCCCAACUUGCAGAUCAUUUGGACAUAUUUUACAAUUUGCGAACUGUUUAUUAAACAGUGAGUUGCUUUACAAUGUCAAUUAUCCUUCACAAAUCUCUAGAUAAAACAAUACCUUUGAAUUCUUUCUAUGCAAUAUUCAUUUCUGUCUGGACUGUUUAUCUAAUAAACUGCAUAUUAAACACC